ACUUUAUCGAAAAGCUUCUCAAAACGUUAGCCGGAAUUUUCGUAGCUCCUUGUUGCAAAGUGCAAAUUGCACUGUUUGCGUCUGUCUUAAUAAAAGUCAAUAAUUACUUAACUUUAAAGUUUCACAUUGAAAUGGAGGAUCGUUAUAAUUCAAGUGCUCAAUUGCUGAAGGAACCAUUAUCAUUUGCUGACCUCAUCGAAAAUGGGGCUCACUUUGAGGUAGAUACAGCCAAUUAUAAUAAUGAUUGCUAUGAGGAUUUUAAUGUGGAUGAUGCAGAGGAUGUUGAUGAGGAGGAAAUUGAGAACGAGGCGCUCGUUUCGCCCUGGACACGUUCCUUCGAUGAGCUGCGCCAGCUAAUGAAACCAAUUGGUGAGCACAUCUACAAGCGCAUCACACGAGCAGGCGUCAAGGAGCAGGGCCUGGUGCCGGACAAGGCGCGUGUGGCAUUGCGUUACAGCGGCUACUGGGAGGGGCAAACCGCUCCAUUUGAUUCCUCGAUGCUGCGAGGCACUAAAUUCGAGUUCGAGACGGGUCGGCAGAUGGUGCUGGAGGGUCUCGAGGCGGCCGUACGCACCAUGUACCCGUACGAGCAGUCCGAGUUUAUCAUAUCAUACAAAUUGCUAUUCCUCGAAAUGGGUUGUCCGCCGCGCAUUAAACCGCGUGCCGAUGGUCUGUUUAAGAUUGAGGUAAUUGGAUUCACAUUGAUCGGUGAUGAGCAUUCGCUGGAGCGGAUCGCGCCCGAGGAUCGUAUCAAGUUUGCAGUGGUCUUUCCGAAGGCGCAGGAUAUGCAUUUGCACGGCAAAGAUUGUGUGAAGCGCGGCGCCUAUCGCAACGCAGUUGCGGCCUUUGAGCGCGCCAUUGCAUCGCUCAACUAUUGCCGCCUGGCGGAUGAAAAGGAUGAGCUCAAGCAGCAGGAGCUGCUUAUAACGCUAUACACCAAUCUCAUGGUGUGCAAUAACAAACUGAAUAAGCCGGCGAGAGCGUGCAUUGCCAUGAAGGCUUUGCGCCUGCUGACGCGUAAUCAGCCCUCCUGCAAGGCGCUCUUCCAGGAGGGACGCGCACUGGCCGCCCUCGGCGAAUACGAGCGCGCACGCCAGGCUUUCGUGCAGGCCCAGGCCAAGCAGCCCAACAACAAGGAGAUCAGCGAAGAGAUCAUCAACAUGGAGCAGCGUGUCAGCAAAUACAAAAAGUCCAUGCGUGAGAUUUGGUCACGUGCGCUCGCCGGCAAACAGCAGCCGGAGAAGCUAGCCGACCUAAAAACUGAUGAGGAUCUAGCGAAUCAGCAAUUUCGCCGAGAUUUCGAAUCGCAAUUGACAGAGUUUGAUAAGUCAACCUUGCUAACGAUCAAUAUGAAUCGCAAAUUGUACACGGACAAGGAGCUGAAUGUGCUGCGCCUGCUGGCCUCAAAGCACAACAUGAAAUUGAGCCUGUCGCCAUUGGAUGUGGAUCAGCUAACGCUCUCGAAGCUGCAAAUUAAAUAGACGCAACAAAUGCCAUCAAUAUUGUUUAAGGAAUGGGAAACUCAGGUAUUUCUUUGAACCCAUUCAAGCCUUAAUUAUCCAAAGAUUAUGUUUAUCCACCGAAUUUAUUAGUUUAGAAAAUUCGAACUGACAUUAUUCCUGCCUUGUUCUUAAAUUUGAGGACUUUUUUGUUCAUAUCUUUUUGGACAGCCGAAACGGACAGCUUAUUAUCAGAUACUUGAAUACAUUCGAUAGAGAGACGGCGGGAAAUAUUUCGAAGUUUUGUUAAAUAUAGACUAAUCUCAUCUGCCUUCUAGCUAAGCCGUGUGCCCCAAAAUACUCGAAUCUAUAACAUUAUCUUCACUAUAACUCGAAUAUAAAGUUAGCUUUUUGUUUCUUA